AUAUAUUUUUUUCAUCAUCAUCAUUCAUUCAUUCAUUCAUUUGAAUCCAAUCUUACACAAUUGUCUGUGUCUGUGUAUUUGUGCAUUGGUUUAUUUUCUACUGAUUCAUCAAUUUAUUUUUAUUUCUUUUGUAAAUUUUUUUUUUAAUUUUUAAAAAUAAAAUAUUUCUUUCUGUGGCUGUGUCAUCAUCAUCAUCAACAACAACAUCAUCAUCAUAAAAAUUGUAGAGUUAUCGGCAAAGAGCUUCUUUUUUGUUUUGUGUCGUCCAAUUUCAUCACAAAGGAUCACUAUAAUUUUAUCAUUGUAAUAAAAAAAAAGUCGUUUGUUGUUUUCUUCAAUUGUUGAUUGAAAAAAAUAAAUUUUAACAAAAAAGAAAAUGCGUGAAUAUAAAGUAGUCGUAUUGGGUAGUGGCGGUGUCGGUAAAUCGGCAUUAACCGUACAAUUUGUAUCCGGAUCAUUUAUGGAAAAAUAUGAUCCAACAAUUGAAGAUUUUUAUCGUAAAGAAAUCGAAGUUGAUGGUAGCCCUUGUGUAUUGGAAAUAUUAGAUACAGCUGGUACCGAACAAUUUGCAUCAAUGCGUGAUCUUUAUAUAAAAAAUGGUCAAGGUUUUGUUGUUGUUUAUUCAAUAACGUGCCAUCAAACAUUUCAAGAUAUUAAAAAUAUGAAAGAACAAAUUGUUCGGGUAAAAGGUAGUGAUCGUGUACCAAUAUUAUUAGUUGGUAAUAAAGUUGAUAUUGAACAUCAACGUGAAGUUUCAAAACAGGAAGGUAUAACAUUAGCUCAGAUAUGGAAUUCACCAUUUAUGGAAGCAUCAGCUAAAAGUCGUCAUAAUGUAAAUGAAGUUUUUGCCGAAGUUGUUCGUGAAAUAAAUGAAAAAAAUGGACCGAAAAAACUAAACAACAAGGAAAAAGAUGAGAACAAACUUCUUUCGAAAAGCGACAUAUAUUAAACGGACAGCCAACGAAACAAACUCGAGCAAAAAAAAAGGAGAAUCAACUUUCCUGUUUGUCGAGAAUCCGAGCGAAAAACAAAACAAAACAAACAAAAAACAACCAUUUUGAGUGAAAAUGGUACGAUCCAGAGGAAAAAAAGAAUACA